UAUACAGCAGAAGAGUUUCCUGCUCUGCCAUCACCGAGCACAGACGUGUGACUGCCCAGCGAAGAGAAGUAGCUACAAUGGCUUCCCCAGGCCACAUGUUACCUGCAAAACAGUUCCUGUGCACCAUCUGUCAGCAAGUGUUCACUGACCCGGUCACCACUCCCUGUGGACACAACUUCUGCUUGGCCUGCAUCCAGAAUGUGUGGGACGGCAUUGAGGUCUGCCAAUGCCCCACCUGCAACAAAACAUUCACCUCCCUGCCUGAAAUAAGCAUCAACACAGCCUUCAAAGAGCUGGCGGACACAUUUCGAAAUAUUACAGUCUGUUCGUCGGCUUCACAGCUGUGCGCAACCAAACCAGGUGAGGUGGCGUGUGACGUCUGCGCUGCAACCUCCCUUCAGGUGAAGGCCCUGAAGUCCUGCCUGGUGUGUCUGACCUCGUACUGUGAAGCCCACCUGGAGCCUCACCAGGGAGUCGCCACCUUGAAGAUCCACAAGCUGAUCGAGCCGGUGAACAACCUGCAGGAAAGGAUGUGUAAAAAGCAUGAGAGGCUGCUGGAAAUGUUCUGCAGGGACGAACAGAAAUGUGUGUGCCAGUUCUGCACCGAGACCGAGCACAAAGAUCACCAUGCUGUCACGAUAGAGGAUGAAAGCGGAGAGAGGAAGGUCCAAAUGAAGAAGACUGAGGCAGAUUUUCAGCAGAUGAUCCAGGAACGACUGGAGAAAGUGGAGGAGAUCAAAAGCUGUCUGAAGCUCAGCAACACGAGUGCAGAGGAGGAGAUGAAGGAGAGCGACCGUCUCUUUACGUCUCUGAUUCGCUUCAUAGAGGAGAGACAAAUCGAAGCCAACGCGGAGAUCAAGGAGAAGCAGAAAGCAGCAGAGAGGAGGGCAGAGGAGCUCGUCGACCAGCUGCAGCAAGAAAUCACUGAACUGCAGAGGAGAAACGCUGAGCUGGAGGAGCUGAGUGACUCUGAGGACUAUCUGCACGUUUUAAAGAGGUCGCCCUCUCUCAUGUCUCCUCCACCCACCAAAGAGUGGAUGGAGAUCGGCGUCCACCCUGAACUCUGUGUGGGGACGGUGAGGGGAGCGCUGUCUAAACUGGACGACACCCUAAAGAAUGAACUGGACGGUCUGAAGAAGGAAGAGAUGAAAAAGAUGCAGAAAUAUGCAGUUGACGUGGUUUUAGACCCAGACACCGCCCAUCCAAACAUCGUCCUGUCAGCUGAUGGAAAGCAGGCGGGCCGCGGCGAGCUGCUGCACAUCGUUCCCGACAACCCCCAACGCUUUGACCCCGUCAUCUGCGUUCUAGGCAAAAGAGGCUUCCUGUCCGGGAGGUUCUACUUCCAGGUUGCAGUGGGUUCAAAGACCUUCUGGGACCUGGGCGUGGUCAAAGAGUCUGUAAACAGGAAGGGGAUGAUCACCUCCAAGCCGGAGAACGGCUUUUGGACGGUGCGGCUGAGGAGUGGGGAAGAGUAUCGCGCUUUGGACUCCCCCUCGGUCCUUUUGUCCCUCAAAGAGAAGCCGCAGAUUGUCGGAGUGUUUACGGAUUACGAGCAGGGGACCGUGUCGUUCUUUGACGUGGAGGCCAGGUCUCCUAUCUACACCUUCACUGGGUGCUUGUUCUCAGGGAGGAUCUUCCCCUUCUUCAGCCCGGGUGUUUUUGAUGAAGGGAAGAAUACGGCACCAUUGGUUAUCAAAGCUGUUAAUCAUUAGCCUGGGAAAACCCUGACGAACUUCCGGCAAAUUUGAGAUUUGCUCUGCAAGUCAGUCUGGCCAAAAGCCCAUUCAAGCACAUUUCACAUUUUUCCAAAUCGAGGCACCAAUCACAACCGUUGAGGCGGGCUUUACAUGAUGACGAUAGCGCCGCGAGGGCAACCAGCUUUUUGUUACUGAAGAGCAGCAACCCAUUGAUGCCGCUGUUGCUGCAACGUCACCCGGAUGGUUGGUCUGAUUGGUUGAAGGACUGACCAAUUGCACCCAGAGGCAUUUGAGCAGCGUCCGUUUGGAAAUGCGCUGUGAAUGAAGCUUGCCCAGACCCACUCUCAGUUACAACUGAAGAAGGGUCUGGUGUCAACCAGACUACUCAAUCAUGAGACUUGAGGAUGAUUUGACCUUGACUGUGAUAGUUGCAAGAAAUAUUUUGACUUACAGAACUGAUUCAGUAUUCAAAGUAAAGUUUCUAUACAUACUCUAGCAUUUCUUAAAGAUUGUAAUCCCCCACAUCCUCAAUACAAGGAAUGUUUUACCUUUCAGCAAUUAUAAGAGAAGUUUUACAGUUGCGUGCACAAAAAUGCAUUCAGAGAAACAAAGACUGUACUGCUAAAGUAUAUCAACCGAUCCAUGAUGGUUCAGCAACCAACCCUGAUCUGUGAAAGUAUAAAAACUACUACGGGUCAGGGUUCAGUAAUGAGUGAUUCACGCAGUCCUGCUCACACCUGGCCAAUAUCACACACAAAAUCUUAAAGCCUCUGCCCUUUGAUGAAACACCAGCAGCUGCUUAAAUAAUCAAAACUUCUGAAGUAUUUCACAUUAGAAAGUAGGUUCAAUAGUCCUGAUAAUAAUUUGUUUAAAUGUAAUAUGUUUUACAGGGUUAUUUGUUUAUUAUUAUUAUUAUGCAUUGUUCAAGUGCCCAUUGUAAAUGUAUGUUGUAGGAGACAGGAAUUGCUCUCAAAUAAAACCAAAAUAUGGAAUUACUACAAAAAAUGAAUUGCUAAUGUGUUAAUAUAUUGUUUUGUUAUUUAAGGACAACUUUCGGCCCCCACUCCACCUCAUGCCACCAUUUGCACCCUAAAGCCAAAUGAAUCAUCAAACUUGUGCAAAAUUAUACCUGACAUGUUUAUGGUUGUGUUGUGCAAUGGACUCUGCAGUCUUAGCAUAGCAUUGUAUUUGCAUUGCAGACUUUUAACUGAAUUUUACAUUAACAUUAGGCUGGUGCUAAUUAAUGAUGGUAAAAAAAACAAUUCCGACAAUAAUGCCUUGACUAGCAUGUUUCAAUCAGUGGUUCUAUGGAGAUUUGUUUUUGAAAUAAAUAAACCUGUUUCAAUCUUG